AUGGGCGCCGCCGGCUCCAAACUCGAGAAAGCUCUCGGCGACCAGUUCCCGGAGGGUGAACGAUACUUCGGAUUCGAAAAUUUCGGCAACACUUGCUAUUGUAACAGUGUUUUGCAGGCCCUUUAUUUCUGUGCUCCCUUUCGUGAACAAUUGCUCGAGUACUGUGCAAAUAAUAAGACUGUAGCUGAUGCUGAGGAGAAUCUCUUGACUUGCUUGGCAGACUUGUUUUCUCAGAUAAGUUCCCAGAAGAAGAAAACAGGAGUUAUUGCUCCGAGGCGCUUUGUACAGAGGUUGAAGAAACAAAAUGAGCUUUUCCGGAGUUAUAUGCAUCAGGAUGCACAUGAGUUCCUCAAUUAUUUGCUAAAUGAAGUUGUUGACAUCUUAGAGAAAGAGGCUCACGCUACAAAACCGGACAAUGAAAUUUCAUCAUCUCCUGGAAAGAUUGCUAAUGGACCAAAAGUUCCUCAGGCAAAUGGUGUGCAUAAAGAGCCUAUUGUUACAUGGGUGCACAAGAUUUUCCAGGGUAUACUUACCAACGAGACAAGGUGUCUGCGGUGUGAGACAGUAACAGCAAGGGACGAAACUUUCCUAGACCUAAGCCUUGAUAUUGAACAGAACAGUUCAAUAACUAGCUGUUUGAAAAACUUCAGCUCCACAGAGACUCUAAACGCCGAAGACAAAUUCUUCUGUGACCAGUGCUGCAGUUUACAAGAAGCGCAGAAGAGGAUGAAGAUCAAGAAACCGCCACACAUCUUAGUCAUACAUCUGAAACGGUUCAAAUACAUUGAACAGUUGGGCCGCUACAAGAAGCUAUCUUACAGAGUCGUCUUCCCUCUCGAACUGAAACUCAGCAACACAGUGGAAGAGUACGUGGACAUUGAGUACUCUCUCUUUGCAGUCGUGGUCCAUGUCGGAAGCGGUCCUAACCAUGGUCACUACGUUAGCCUGGUGAAGUCUCAUAACCAUUGGCUCUUCUUCGACGAUGAGAAUGUUGAGAUGAUCGAAGAGUCUGCUGUUCAAACGUUCUUCGGUUCAUCGCAAGAGUACUCCAGCAACACUGAUCAUGGCUACAUCUUGUUCUAUGAGAGCCUCGGAACAAGGUAG